GGUGAUACGGCGAGCAAACGGAAAGCCGACUAGGCCGGUCAUGUGCGACCGUCAGUCAGUUUGUUAAUGGCUCAGGACCGGUUAACAUCUACAAACCGACAGUGUUGUCCGAUACCUCGGCGAUUCUAGAUCUCAACUAGAAUAAUUAUCCCACGGAUUACAGACGUGAUUUGCUAUGAACUCAGCUAUAGCAUUCGUGAUCAUAAUGUUGCUGGCCAGCCACGUAAGCAGCUCACCAAUCAUCAAUUUUUCGUGGGACACGCCGAGGCAUUUCUGUGGAUCGCAACUCGCCAACGUGUUGCAGUUGAUCUGCAAACAAGGAUACAACUUUCAUCCGGUCAAUGAUGAUGUUACCGUUCCAAGCCGACGACGAAAAAGAGUACCAAUAGUAGAGGAGUGCUGCGAGAACACUUGCACUCCACAUCACCUAAAAUCUUACUGUUGGGGAAAUCAAAGGUCUGGUAUCUGGAGCGUUUUGGAUCCGUCCGUAGAGAAACCCUCUGUAGACAAAAUCGCAAAACCCCAGAAAAACCCCACGAGUAAUACACUGUCCCAAAGACAAGACGUAGUAGACAACAAUCUACUGGUUGAGUAUACGACUACCAAAAUCACCAAAUCCAAUAGUAUUAUAUCUAAUUCUAAAGAGCUCAGUAGGCAAAACAACAUUAAGUACAACACGAUUCCGCACAUCCCAAAGAAAGAACCGAUGAUCGUCCAGGAUCUGGUACCAGGACGAGUGAAAACUGUAACACCAUAUUUUGACAAAAUGCCAUCGGUCAUCAUUACUAAAACGCAACACUGAAACUCGGGAAUAAUUGCUGCUCGUCUUCUAUUUUGACUUUCAAAACAUCUAAAUUUCUAACACUGUUUGGUUUUUUAAUCACGUUUCGUUUUAAUAGAAUUUUCUUUUUAUUAUAUACAUACCUACUACCUAUGUGUGCGCCUGGAAAACGAAGAAUUAAAAACAAAAUAUCAAGUCUGGUAUUAA